AAAAAAAAAAAAAACUCCAAGGUUCCGUUCCGUAUCGAAUCUUGUUUGGUCAGCAGUCCACUACACUACACUACACUCCGCUCAGUCGCUUUGUUGUCACCGUCUCCGAUGAGCUUUAAAAUUUGAGAAAGUGUAGUUGGAAUACCGAUCAUCCAUGGCGUUAAGGAGGAAUCUCAUCUCUCGAAGCCUUCAGGCCAAGCAUUUGCACGGUCUCGCCGUCCGAACCUCUCUGGCGGCGCCGCCGGAGCUGCCUCCGUUCGAUUACGUCCCCAAACCCUACAAUGGACCCUCUGCCGAUGAAGUACUCGCCAAGCGCAAGAAGUUUCUCGGCCCCUCUCUCUUCUACUAUUACCAGAAGCCUCUGAAUAUUGUUGAAGGAAAGAUGCAAUAUUUGUUUGAUGAGAGUGGCAAGCGCUAUCUUGAUGCAUUUGCUGGAAUAGUUACCGUGUCUUGUGGUCAUUGCCAUCCUCAAAUUUUGGAUGCAAUAGUGGAACAAAGCAAGCUUCUUCAGCAUGCUACAACCAUUUACCUACACCACGCCAUAGCUGAUUUUGGAGAGGCAUUGGCAUCUAAGAUGCCCGGAAACCUAAAGGUUGUGUAUUUUGUAAAUUCUGGAACCGAAGCAAAUGAAUUAGCAAUGCUAAUGGCGCGACUAUACAGUGGUAAUCUUGGUAUGAUCGCCUUGAGGAAUGCCUAUCAUGGUGGAAGUGCUGGUACAAUUGGAUUAACGGCUCUUAACACAUGGAAGUACCCAAUACCACAGGGUGAAAUUCAUCAUGUUAUGAAUCCAGACCCAUAUCGUGGAACAUUUGGUUCUGACGCCAGUCACUAUGCUAAAGAAGUACAAGAUCACAUUGAUUAUGGUACUUCAGGAAAAGUUGCAGGUUUUAUUGCUGAAACCAUUCAGGGAGUUGGAGGAGCUGUUGAACUAGCACCUGGAUAUCUGAAAUUAGUUUAUGACAUGGUACGCAAGGCUGGUGGGGUCUGUAUUGCUGAUGAAGUGCAAACUGGAUUUGGUCGUACGGGAAGCCAUUACUGGGGUUUUGAAACACAGGGUGCCAUUCCUGAUAUAGUCACCAUGGCAAAGGGUAUUGGCAAUGGAUUGCCUUUAGGAGCAGUUGUGACAACGCCAGAAAUAGCUAGUGUGAUGGCUCAGAAGAUACAAUUUAACACCUUUGGUGGGAACCCUGUAUGUUCUGCUGGUGGACUUGCAGUGCUCAGAGUGCUUGAUAAGGAGAAGCGUCAACAGCAUUGUUCUGAUGUUGGUUCCCAUUUGAUUGGGCGUUUGAGCAAUCUUCAGCAAAAACAUGAAAUUAUUGGAGAUGUGAGAGGCCGGGGCUUGAUGGUAGGUAUAGAACUUGUGACCGAUAGAAAAGAGAAGACGCCUGCCAAGGCAGAAACUGCAGUUCUAUUUGAGAAACUUAGAGAGCUCGGUGUUCUAGUUGGAAAAGGGGGACUACAUGGAAAUGUCUUCAGAAUAAAGCCACCUAUGUGUUUCAACAAAGAUGAUGCAGAUUUCCUGGUUGAUGCUUUGGACUAUGCCAUAUCUAAGUUGUGAGAAGAUAUGCUCUACCGGCCAGCAUGAUUUGGAAGUCUGACUGUCUUCUUGCACUUGUUUCAAAGUGAAUCUUGGGAAAACUAGAAGUCAAGGAGAUGAAAAACUAUUGCUUGUUCUAUGUUUCCUUGAGUUCUAAAUGGGUGGAAAAUAAAAUUUUAGCUCUGAAUAAGAAUAUCAACUUUUCUGGAAUUGAAGAUGUUCAUUUGUGCGGACCUAAUGCAAAGUUGAAAAAAAUGUAUUUGGACCACAUCCCAUUAGGUUAAGGCAUGCCAAUGAAUUUAGUUUACCUACAAUGGCUACUCGACAAAAUUUAUAUUCA